CAGCUGGACUCACAACGCAACUGUGCAGUCAGUCUUGGAAUCUAGCGGUGGGGAGAGGAGAGCAUAUCGUGCGGAGCCCAGCGGCGGUGUGUGGACAGGAGGACUCGCUCUGCCAUGCGCUUAAGAGGACAGUGAGCUCUCAGACGCCGAGGGGGGGGCCAAAAAGAGAAUCGAAGCGGCGGACUAAGAUGCCAGAUCUGAUGCCGAUUGUGCACUCCAGUCCUCCGGCACGCAGAUCCUCUCCUCUUUAGAUUCCUCAUUCACAGACGCCGCCAGACCAUUGGAUACAAUGACAAUUAAUAACUUACUGCUGCUGCCGCUGCUGCUGGCGCUCUUGUGUCCCGGCCCCGGUCCCGGUUCCGUCUCCGCGGCGACGCUCUCGCCCCAGAGCAGCGACGGCCCGGUCGGCUCGGCGACGGACGACGGGCGGAUACUUCAGCGGUCCAAGCGGGGCUGGAUGUGGAAUCACUUCUUUCUGCUGGAGGAAUACACGGGGUCUGACUACCAGUACGUCGGAAAGCUCCACUCAGACCAGGACAGAGGGGACGGCAGUGUGAAGUACGUUCUCAGUGGAGACGGGGCCGGCACCUUGUUUCUGAUCGACGAAAACUCGGGAGACAUUCACGCCACCAAGAGGCUGGACAGGGAGGAGAAAGCCUACUACACACUGCGGGCUCAGGCAGUCAACAAAUUCACCAACCAUCCCCUGGAGCCCGAGUCCGAGUUCAUCAUCAAGAUCCACGACAUCAACGACAACGAGCCAAAAUUCUCCAAGGAGACCUACAUGGCAACUGUGCCCGAGAUGUCAGACGUCGGGACGUACGUGCUGAACGUGACCGCCUCGGAUGCGGACGACGAGACCUACGGGAACAGCGCCAAGCUGGUGUACAGCAUCCUGGAGGGCCAGCCCUACUUCUCAGUGGAGCCAGAAACAGGCACCAUCAGAACAGCUUUGCCCAACAUGGAUCGGGAGAACAAGGAGAAGUACCACGUGGUGAUCCAGGCCAAAGACAUGGCGGGGCAGAUGGGUGGCCUCUCUGGCACCACCACUGUCAACAUCACCCUCACCGACGUCAACGACAGUCCCCCCCGCUUCCCCCACAGCUCCUACCACCUCUCCACGUCGGAGUCGGCGGAAGUGGGCUCCGCGGUGGGCCGGGUGCGGGCCAACGACCCGGACCUGGGAGAGAACGCCGAGAUGCAGUACAGCAUCGUGGACGGAGACGGGCGGAGCGCCUUCGCCAUCUUCACCGACAGGGCCACGCAGGAGGGCGUCAUAACCGUGAGAGAGCCGCUGGACUACGAAGCAAAAAGGGUGUACACGUUAAAAGUGGAGGCCAGCAACACCCACCUGGACAGCCGCUUCAGUUACCUGGGUCCGUUUAAGGACACGGCGUCGGUGCGGAUCACCGUCCAGGACGUGGACGAGCCGCCCGUCUUCAGCGUCAGCCCGUACGUCAUCGAGGUGCACGAGGACAAGUCGGCGGGAAGCUUCAUCGGCGUGGUAACCGCCCAGGACCCGGACGCCGCCAACAACCCCGUCAAGUAUUCCAUCGACCGACACACCGACCUGGACCGGCUCUUCAACAUCGACACCAACAACGGGUCCAUCACCACCCUGCAGGCCCUCGAUAGGGAGAUGUCAAAAUGGCACAACAUUUCCGUCAUCGCCACGGAAAUAAGCAACCGACGGCAGGCCGCUCGCGUCCCGGUGUUCAUUAAGGUCCUGGACGUCAACGACAACGCGCCGGAAUUCGCCAUGAUUUACGAGACGUUCGUCUGCGAGAGGGUGAAAGUGGGACAGCUGAUACAGACCAUAAGCGCAGUCGACACAGACGAUCCUCUCAUCGGACACAAAUUUGCCUUCAGCCUCAGUACCCAGAAUCCCAACUUCACAAUCUCAGACAAUGAAGACAACACGGCGCGGAUCCUGACCAGGCGAGCCGGGUUCAGCCGGAGAGAGCAGAGCUCCUACCUGCUGCCCGUGGUGAUCUCGGACAACGACUACCCGAUCCAGAGCAGCACCAGCACGCUGACGGUGCGCGUGUGCGCCUGCGACAGCCGCGGAAACGUGCAGUCCUGCAGCGCCGAGGCCUACGCCCUGUCCGCCGGGCUCAGCACCGGGGCCCUGGUGGCCAUCUUACUCUGCGUCAUCAUCCUCCUCAUGAUCGUGGUUCUCUUCGCCGCCCUGAGGAGACAGAAGAAGAAGGAGCCGCUGAUCAUCUCCAAGGAGGACGUGCGGGACAACGUGGUGAGCUACAACGACGAGGGGGGCGGGGAGGAGGACACGCAGGCCUUCGACAUCGGCACGCUGCGGAACCCCGAGGUGAUCGAGGGCAACAAGCUCCGGCGGGACAUCAUCCCGGAGAUGCUGUUCCCCUUCCGCCGGGCGUCGCCCAUCAAGGACAACGCCGACGUGCGCGACUUCAUCGCCGGCCGCCUGCAGGAGAACGACGCGGACCCCACGGCGCCCCCCUACGACUCGCUGGCCACCUACGCCUACGAGGGCACCGGCUCGCUGGCGGAGUCCCUCAGCUCGCUGGAGUCCGCCGUCGCCGACGGCGACCAGGACUACGAUUACCUCAGCGGCUGGGGCCCGCAGUUCAAAAAGCUGGCCGACAUGUACAUAGCCAAGGCCACAGAUUAAAAAACGAGACGCUCAGCUGGAAUGAGGAAGCUUCGUAACCGGCUCGGUCCUACAACACGCCCCCCCUUAAGAAUUAUACAUGCGUAGGUGGGGGAGGGGCUUCUCUUUUGACUUUUAAAAUAGAACCCGUGGAAACUUGAGUAUAUUCAACUACUGAAAUCACAUUUUUUUCACACUGGUUUUUUACCUGAUGGCUUUUUUUUUUUUUCUUUUUUGCUUUUUUUUUGUAAUUGGUAAACGAUGCCUUCGGAUUUUAGGAUUUUUUGUGUGGACUAUAGUGUGGACAACGUGUUUUGUAACUACAGAGAGCAAUGGUAGUCUUGUAUACUAUCAAUGUUUAUGUAAACAAAAGAAAAAACAAAACAAAAAAAAAAAAACAA